AUGAAAGAUAUGGUUAUUAUAUAUAUUCAAAAUAUAUUUGAUAUAAGAAUCUCUAUUAAUACUUCUUGUAUUCUCUCUGUUCCUCUCUCUUCACUCUUUACACUCGCAAGGUUUUAUGAAACUCACUCUUCAGCUCAUUCUGAUGCGCCAUCAUCACAACAGUCAUCUGGAUUAGCCAGGAUGAACAUCCCUCUUAUGAAUGUGCCAUGCCUCAAGAACUUUCAUCUCAUGCUACCAUCAUUGCCAUGUAGAGACGAUAUUACCACUUUACAGAUAAUAUCUUGGUCUGCAAAGAAAUUGUUUGCGUUUGUCAAAGAAAUCAUAAUCUCGUGCUUUACCAUAAAUGUUUUAUUUCUUUGUCCAUUUGUACUGGGUACUUCCAAUAAAAUUUUUCAUCCCAAAUAUAAUAAGCCGGCCGAGCAAGAAGUAGCUGAGGAUAUAGAAUAG